AUGUUAGCAAUAUACCAAAGGCGAUUUUUUUCAGAAAUCGCAAAAGGCAAUCUGAAGGGCUCAGCAAAAAAGUGGAUGGACAGACAUGUCAAUGACUAAUAUGUCAAACAAGCCAAUCUACUGUCUUACAGGAGCAGAGCAGCUUUUAAAUUACUAGAGAUGGACAAAAAAUAUCAAUUAUUCAGAAAGGGCAUGAAGGUAGUUGAUGUAGGGGCAGCACCUGGUGGAUGGUCAUAGAUCAUAGCAUCUCGAGUUGAUUCAAAACCUGGUCAAGAAACAGUGGUAGCAGUUGAUCUCAUAGAAAUGGACUCUGUAAUUAUAUCAUUAAAGGUUAUCUCUUUAAAAUAGAUCAAAGGAGUAUUAUUUGUACAUGGCGAUAUUUAGAAGGAUGAAAUUCAAGAAAAAAUAUCUGAGAAAUUAGAUUUUGAAAAAGCAGAUGUUGUUUGCUCUGAUGCAGUUCCUGAUUUAGUAGGAGAGAGAUUUGUAGAUCAUAUGAAAGCCAUUUAUCUAAAUUAACUCGUAGUCAAUUUUUGUGAAUCAAAUCUCAAGAAAGGUGGAACUCUGCUUAUGAAGACUCUAUAAGGACCUAGUGAGCAAGACUUUUUCGAUAAAACUAAGUACUAUUUUGACAAUCUAUCAAGAGUAAAGCCAUCAGCCUCAAGAUCUGAAUCUAAAGAGAUUUACUUUUUGGGAAAAGGAUUUGAAGAGAGUAAAGACCCGAAGAUGUAGGAAGUAUAUAAAUUAAAGAAAAAGCUUGAAAGCGCAACUUCUCAAAAGGAAACAAAUUUGAUAUUGAAAGAGCUCAGCUAAGAAAUAAGAGAUGCUGUUAUGAAGGACUCUAAAGAAUUUCUUAAAAAAGGAGGAGAAUUCCCUGAUGAAUUGAAAUCAACAAUCAAAAAUAUACCUGAAUUAGAGGGUAUUGAUCUUUAAUAAAAGAUGAGCCUAAGAGAUAAAUAAAAAGCUUAGAUGAAGGCUAAAUAGGAGGAAGAUAAGGAGUUUGAGGAUAAAACAGGCAUUUUAGAUAAGAGUAAACAUCUGAGUGUUGAUAAUUUGAUAUCUUAAUACGAGCAUGAUAUGAGGAAGAAUUAGAGAAAAGAGGAUAAAAUGUAUUAAAUGGAUAAAGAAGGGAUAGAAUAUGAUCCUGAUGAAAUAGUAGUCACUGACGAUGAAGAAGAACUAAAGUUUAAUUUGAAGAAAGAAGCAGAGAAAUAUGAAGAUGAUCCUUAUAAACAUGAAAACCCUGAAAAGUUUUUUGAGGAGGAAUAUAAAAGGAUUGAGGAUAAACUUAAGUCCUAUGGAGAUUAGGUGACAGGUGAGGAUACCUAGUCUGAAACUUUUGAUAAAAACAAGGAGCUUGAUGAAUUCCUUUAAAAUUUAGAUGAAUAUGAGAGAAUACAGAAUAAGUUUACAGACUAUAAUUAGACUAAGAUUGAUUAGUAAUUGGAAUAAGAGGAAAGUCAAGAAUAUUUAAGAGUAAGCAAAGAAUAACAGAAAAGUCGUGAUGCUCAUUACGAAAGAAGAAAAAUCAGAUACAAUCUUAAGAAAACUGGUGGUGUAAAGCAAUAAUCACCUGUUUGGGAUGAUAAUGAGGAUUGA